AUUCCAUGGUGGCGUCAGUUCCGUAAAGCGUUCCUGCUGCCUUCAUUAAACAGAAGAUACGGGAUUAUUUACGAAGAGUCCGAAGACCAACGCAGCUAGAACAACACUUUACCCAGCUAUGUCACUGAUAUAUUGCUAAACAGGAGCACGGCAUUGUUUCUGAAGGGCAGUUUUUUCCUCGGACUGACAAAAGACCCAGCAGUCUCCUCUAAGCCGCGCGUGAACUGGGAUGCACUGCCGUUAGCCUGUUAUUAGCUUUCGCAUUAGCUUCCUGAACAGCUCCUCUUUUUUUUUAACGACGGGACCAAGCACACCACAGAGUGCAUUAUGACAGACAGCAUUAUGAGUAAAGCUGCCACAAUGGAGAUUCCUAUCAACAGUAAUGGAGACACAGGGACACUACCAGAAGAUGACAGCCUUGAACAGGCUGCAAAACUGCAGUGGAGCUUAGAUGAGAAGGUAGGGAGCUCCAGAGGCACCAGGGACCUACAGCAGGUGAUGGUAUCGGGUCCCAAUCUCAAUGAGACUAGCAUUGUGUCUGGGGGCUAUGGAGGAACAGCGGAGGGUAUUAUCCCCACAAGUUCAAUCAAAGGCCCUGCUGUGCACUACAAUGCAGAGUUUAACAAAAGGAUUCCAGUUACAGGAUUAGGUUCCAACAUGCACCACAGCAGCAGCAGCUCUUCUAUGACAGCAGAAGAAUCGACCCGCGGCGUAGCCGUGGAAAAGCUAGAAACAGUGAGGAAAUGGGGUCUCAACACUUACAAGUGCACAAAGCAAAUGAUCUCCGAGCGUUUUGGUCGAGGAUCCCGGACUGUGGAUCUGGAGCUCGAGGCUCAGAUUGAGGUGCUGAGAGACACUAAAAGGAAAUAUGAGAAUGUGCUGCGAUUGGCCAGAGCGCUGACCAACCACUUCUACAACAUGGUGCAGACGCAGCAUGCGCUGGGCGACACCUUUGCUGACCUCAGUCAGAAAUCUCCAGAGCUACGAGAUGAGUUUGGCUACAAUGCAGAGACUCAGAAGCUGCUGUGUAAGAACGGGGAGACUUUACUUGGUGCCAUUAACUUCUUCGUGUCCAGCAUCAACACAUUAGUCAACAAGACUAUGGAGGACACCCUGAUGACUAUCAAGAUGUAUGAGAAUGCAAGACUGGAGUUUGAUGCCUACCGGGCAGACCUUGAGGAACUGAGUAUGGGUCCAAGGGAUGCCGUAACCAUGGCCCGUAUUGAUGCUGCUCAGCAACAGUACCAAGUCCAUAAGGAAAAGUAUGAACGUCUUCGCUCAGACGUUACCAUUAAACUGAAGUUUCUGGAGGAGAAUAAGGUGAAGGUGAUGCAUAAGCAGCUCCUCCUCUUCCAUAAUGCCAUCUCGGCGUACUUUGCUGGCAAUCAGCAGCAGCUGGAGCAAACACUGAAGCAGUUCAACAUAAAGUUGAGGCCCCCAGGGGCCGACAAGCCCUCCUGGUUAGAGGAGCAAUGAGAGGCCCUGCUGAUCCUCCUUCAACCACCUCCACCUGUUACCUGUUGAAACCCCCAACUUACAGAGGACCACUAGAGAAAGAAACACAUACCGAUAAAAUGGGCGGAUGACGAUAUGAGAUGAGUGUGUGGCUGGAUGACUGGACAGAUGAGGAAGCAUUGGACGAUGAAUUACAGGGUUUUAUUGAUGAAUGGGCUAAAUGCAGCAGGAAACACAGUGGCCAGUUUCAUGAACAGUCAGGGGGCCUUUAGUGCCUCUUUUCCCAGCUUCCCCUUUUCCACUUUAACCUCUCUUUGUGCUCUGUUCCCAGAGAAACUGUCCACCUUCUCCCUUUCCCCUCCCCUUGACUUAACCCACUUCUGUCUCAACACUAUUUUGUUGUGUGAACUUGCGUUAGCCAUGUUUAUGGUUAUUAUUGUACUCCUCAAGUGCUCCCAGUGCUCUGAGUUAUACUUCAACCCCACACCAUCUUAUGUAGUAACAGGGACUGAUGGGAAAAAGGAAAAUGGUAAAACCAUUAAAACACACUCAGAUGUAACUAAACACUACUUCCAGACCUUAUCACUAUCCUAGUGUGCCUCCUUAUAUUUGAGCUAACGCAUUAAAUAAAUAUGUGACCUGCGGGAAGAAAGAGAACUACAGCAACACAUCAAGGGGAUUUCUAUGGUACACUGGAAAGGAAUGUCCAGACAUUUCAAAUCAAUGUACAUUUCAAAUUAAGUACUGUUUCACUUUUGAAAUAAAUAUUAUAUGAUUGUUUGUAGCUUAUAAAAACACAAUGUUGUGUUUAGCUUUUGAUUAUUUAACAUCUCAUCUCUUUAUUUUCUUAUUGUUCUGCUUCUAGUCAGCUGUACUGUAAAUCUUGUGUUUCAGAGUGAAGGACAGUUUACUGUUUAGGCAUUAUGUGCUGGUGUUUUGGACCAAAGCACCACAGUGCUUGGUCUGUAAUUAUCAAAAAUGUCGCAGGUUUUUCUUGUAACCGGAAAAUUCUUUGUCUUCAACUCAUAUAUGCAACAAUCAUUUAAGGAACACUGCCACGGCUUCCCAAAGUUACACUGGUUCGGGUCUUUACUAAUUGUAUUUUAUUUACCCAAAGAGAACUAACAGAGGACUGAUGCUUAUCGGAUGACCCUUGUGUGUUUACAUGGGUUGUUUCAGCCGAUUGGUUGGUUAUAGGUGGAGUGCGUGAUUCUAACCUAGUACGGUGUUUGUCAGAUGCAUUAAAUAUGUUCCUGUGGUUUGCUCUGUGUCUUCUGAAAAACACCCAGGGGCAGUGGGAGCGUUAACCGCAGUAAACCCUGGCACAUGUUAACUAUCUAAAAAUGCUAUAAAAAAAAAAAACGACCUAAAUAUCCAGAAUCACAGCCUCCACCUUAACACCUCACUGUGUUGUAUACCUUUGUAAAGUCUCUGUGUAAGUCAGUUAAGAUCCGGCAAAUAUGACAGAAUUCAUUUUUAGCUGUUACCAGUCUGUAUUGGAAAGGAAUUCUUUGUUUACAUGAUCUAUUGAAAUGUGUUUCUGUCUUAAGUUUAAUUUGUCUUCUUAAAAUUAACAAGGACACGUCCUUGAGUCAUAUCAGUCGUCCUCAAGCAGAAGAUAUUCGUCUAUGGUUACCUUUCUUCACACUGAAGAUUACUGUAGCUGUCUAAUAUUACUCAUUUUAAUAUUUCAGCAUAAAAUCUUGUAAUUUAGUAGUUGGGGAGUAUGAUAACACUAAUGAUUUAUCUGAAACUUAGUUUAAGUAGUAAACAAUCAUCCACUGUUGACAAUUAAAAGACCGUAUCACCCCAAAACAUUGACAUGGCAGUACAUACUUAAUGUUUAUUUUUUUUGCAUCACUCUAUUUAUUAUGCUCAAUGUGAGUUAAUCUGUUGAAAUCAACAUAUUCUACACUGAAAACUAUUCAAAUCAUGGUUCCGACAAUGUGCAAAUGACAACAUACAAAGAUGAAAAUAUGCCUCAGGCCAACCAAAUCUGUUAUUGAUGAACUCCAAAAGCAUUCUUCAUAGAACGUUGUUUAAUUUCCUAGUGUUCAACCUCUGAAGUCAGAUGAAGAAAACCCCGUAUAGCGAAUGUUUAACCAUGCUGCAUUUAACUCAUGAGAGCCUCUAGUAACAGAAGGGAGCACUCUAUGAAUUCUCCAUCAGUUAAUGGUUUAGUCCUCCGGCUUCUUGUCUCCUCUGUAUUUGCAUGGCAGGCAGCGAUCCAAAGUAUAGAUGGAGAUACGUGUGCUUUCACUGACGCUCUCCUCUCGGCCUUCUGUGUGCCGGCUUGCAUGGACUGGCGUAAUGCCAUGCUUAUGGUUGUUGGUUUAAAUUUUGAAACUGGCUGAAGUAGAAUCCAAGAUUUGGGUUUAAUUUUAAUGCUGCAGUCUGAAGGACAGCUGUGAAAAGAAAUAGAUUUGAUUUUUAACGAAAAGCAAAUAUGAAAAUUGAUUCUAAAACUCGUGUGACUUGUGUUUUCUGAACUGUAUCUCUCAGUGUGUUAAAUAGUUGUAUUUAGUUUGGCCUGAAAAAGUCAUUUAAUAAGACCUUGGCCUCAAAUGUGGCUAAAAUUGCAAUUUCACAGGCCAGCUUCUGGUCUGUUUGACCACCACAAAGCAAUAUUAACAAAAUGUGACUCCUCUUUUCCAAACCUGCCCUUUUGAAUUUCCCAACCCUAACACCAAAAUGAAUGGCAAUAGGAUUUUUAAACUUUUGUUCUAUAGUCGUGAAACCUUCAGUAAGCUGGAAAAAAAAGGAGCAACAAGAAUUCCAGUCUUUAGAUUGUUGCCAAGAGAGAACCAAGAUUUAUAAAAUGAGAUAUUUUAUUUGUGUACAAUCACUGUUUUCUAGGCUGAGCUGGUGUAUUGUACUGUAUGAAUGAUUGCACAUGAGGUAUUUAUGACGAUAAAUGAAGUUGUGUCAUGGAUUGAUGUGAUACUCUGCCUUCAUUCCUCACUCAGACCUGAAAAAGUCCCACCCAAUCCCGAGGGAACAAAAUUAAAAGUACACAUUUUCAAAUGC